AUGGCUGCCGUAUUAUUGUUCGACACUCAGAGACGCCGACCUCUGCCACGAAUUUUCCGUGAACGGACAGACGUCCUCGACAAUUUGAGGGACAGGGAAGUGGUUGAACGGUACCGCCUCUCGCGGGAAGCAAUUUUUGAUUUGCAUAAUCUCAUUAAAGAUGAUAUAAGCUCAUCUUCAAAUAGAAGUUUUCCUGUGCCGCCUUUGACAAAGGUACUACUGGAAAACAUAAAGUUCCCAACUUCAUCAGCAGAUAUAUCAAAUGUGAAGAGAGGAUUUUACAAGGUGGCAGGUUUGCCUAAUUGUGUUGGUGCUGUGGAUGGGACUUUGAUCCCAAUCAUAGCACCAGCAGGAUUAGAGGAACCUGCCUUUGUUUGUAGAAAGGGAUACCAUGCCCUGAAUGUCCAAGCUGUUGUCGACCAUAACAUGAGGUUCACCGAUGUUGUUGCUCGCUGGCCUGGGUCCACACAUGAUGCCACUAUUUUUCAUAAGAACAAACUUAUUUUUUCAUGA